AUGACUAUCCGUCUUAAGCGGCCACGUGUAUACUAUGCCUUUAUUUUACUGGUCAUUUCAACAUCGCUAUCCAUUUAUUUCAUUAACAAUCUGCUUCAUAUAGGGGAACCAGAGACAAUCCUAUCUAAAAAGGAUUUUUUGAAUUUAGCAAUAUCGAAAUAUGGCCAAGAAAGGAUUGUGGAGAGUGCGGAGCAAGACCGACUCUAAACGAUGGCUGCUGAAUCGAAGUCAGUUUGCCAAAAAUACAUUGGAAUAUGCGAUAAUGGAAGCUGCUCUUCUCGGUAGAGGCCUUUCACUGCUCACAAGCACUCCUGCGGAUGUGCUUAUUAUUGGCAUUGGCAGUGCAACAAUUGCGAAUUUUAUUCAGUAUCAUUAUCACCAGUCUAACAUAACAGUACUAGAAGAAAGAGCAGAUGUGGCGCACUUUCUAAUCGACUGGUUCCAAAUCAUCCCGGGCCCGAGGCUUGGAAUAAUAGUGCCAGAUAAGCAAGAGCCACUUGGUACGAUCAUAGAGAAUCAAGAUUCUAAAUAUCAUGUCGUCUUCUACAAUAUGUGCCCUCAAAGCAUCGCUAGUGGAUCGUGCCCUGACGAGAGGACUCUAUCUGAGCACAUCAUACGCACUAUGGUCAAACGUGUUGGUGAUCAGGGAGGGUUCAGUCCAAUCGAUCAUAUCCACACUCUUACCAGACUCAUUGAAGUAUCGCGAGAGUAUAAAAUGCCGCUAUGUCGUUCACGUUCAUCAACAUGAGGAAGACCUUUGAUAUCAUUGAGACAGAACCGACGACAUCGUACCUAUAA